UUUAAAUUAAACUGACAUUAUUAGACUGUGAAUUUUAGUGUACCUGAUAGAAAUAAAAUUUUACACAAAAAGAAAAUGACUUAAUUGACCCGGACGUUAGGAUCACUGAUCUGAAUCCUGUAGAAUUGCACAAGGUCAAAUCACCGAUGCGUAAAACUGCGGAUUCUUGCGUAGGUGAAAACUACCGUAUAAAAGAAAGUUGAUUAUGAACAUCUCAGUACAGGGUAUCCAAUAGCGGACAUUGAACUGGUUACAGCACAAUACAAUGAUCUUACCAAGCAUAAAAGGAACACUGUUCCUCGUCACGUCGAUUGUUUCCCAUUUAGCCGCUCUUCCAACCAACGUGAUCAACAAAUGCCCUCAGCCCUCAGAACUAAAUCCGGUUCCACCAUUUUUCAUCUACGGCCAUCCGGAAGAUUGCCAGCAGUUCUUUCUUUGCGUGUUUGGGACUCCGUAUUUGAUGAGUUGCCCGGCUACGACCAGCUUUAGUGAACUUCUGGGAGUUUGUGUAGAUAGAUACUCGCCUCAAGACAUAUGCGCUCAAGAAAACGCUGUGCGAGAGUGUUCUCGAGGGGCUUCUCUACUUGCUCACCCACAGCUGUGUCACAGAUUUUACAACUGCUCUCUUGUCGUUGAAACCAGCUCAAUACUUGGUCGGUAUCAAGAUGAAUGCCCGUAUCCGCAAUACUUCGACACCUUGGAGAAGGUCUGCAAGCCUUAUUCAGAAGUCAGUUGUCUGGACAGACUAGAAGUAAAAGACAAGUGUGAAUAUUCCAAGGCUUAUGAGUGUACAGACGUUGAACACUGUGAGGACUGUCAGGCAGUUUUUCCUUCUUGUCAAGGUCUUACUGAUGGUAUUUAUCCUAAUCCCGAGAAAUUGUGGACAACCUUCUACCUAACGUGUACAGAUGAAAGAGUGGCUACCUUCACAUGCCCUCCCUUCCUUGAUAAGCCUGGCAUCUUCUCUCCCAGAGCCAAGAAGUGCGUGAGCCUGUACGAAGUUUCCUCCAGCGAUAACUUCCUGGGGAGGAAGCCGACAUGUGUGAGUAAAUUGCCUGGGACUUAUCCAGUUUUGCAAGAUCCACGCGUGUACUACUCUUGCCCUGGCCCACAGGUCGCCUAUUGUCCCGAAGGGUCUGUUUUUAGUCAACAAACUCAAACGUGCAAUGCCCCUUGAGUAACUGAAAAUUAGAUAUGUAGAAACCAGAAUUAGAUCAGUCCAAAUGUUAAACAAAACUUGGGUAUCCUCUUUUAAUAAACUAUGCCUAGCAAAUAAAGGCACCACAGCAAACAUAGUCACAUUAUAUAGAUCUAGAUACUUCGACAAUGCAAUAUAUUUAAUCUUGUAAGUACAAUGUUUCUAGUCCAAUCAUCUGAGCCCUUGAACAAUUAAAAUAAUUAACUAGAAACGGAGCCUAACGGCGGCUGGUAUUUUCAUGAAUAAAAAAAACAUCAGCAAAUAAAAAUGUAAAUAGCAUUUGCGACAUUAAACCAAGCCAUCGUCAUUGUACGUUUGUAAGUGUACAUGUUAGUCAUUUUAAUCUUUAAGUUUAAUUUCUAAUUAUUUCAUUUUGUAACUGAGUGAUUGCUGCACGGCCAUGGUUUCCUAAUUGACUCGUCUUUAUAUAUUUGAUAUUGUGAUUGUAUUGUAAAUUCUUGUUUGGUUGUGCAUUUUAUGUGCAAUAAAAUGAUGUUUGAAUUUUAAACAUUGAAAUGUCUCAUGAUUAAAUUGAACAAUGUUUUUAGAACUAUGCUGUUACUACCGUUCUGUUUGCUGUUACAUUUAUUGAAAUAUUACUGAGCAAACUAUUUAUCACGAAAAUUAAACUUUUAAAUAUGA